GCGGGCGGAAGUGGCGACGCUGGCGUCCCGGGAGGCGGCGGCGGGCGGCGACAGCCCGGGCGCGGACGCCCUCGGCGCGGGCUGGGGCAUCACCAAGGGCCUCGACCCCGAAAUGGCGCUGCUGGCCGAGCACCUGCUCAAGCCGCUGCCCGCGGACCGGCAGAUCGAGACCGGGCCGUUCCUGGAGGCGGUGGCCCACCUGCCGCCCUUCUUCGAUUGCCUUGGGUCCCCGGUGUUCACGCCCAUUAAGGCGGACAUAAGUGGGAAUAUCACGAAAAUCAAAGCUGUGUACGACACUGACCCAGCCAAGUACAGGACCCUGCAGAACAUCCUGGAAGUGGAGAAGGGGAUGUACGGAGCAGAGUGGCCCAAAGUGGGAGCCACGCUGGCACUUCUGUGGCUCAAAAGGGGCCUGCGCUUCAUCCAGGUGUUCCUGCAGAGCAUCUGUGACGGGGAGCGGGAUGAGAACCACCCCAACCUCAUCCGUGUAAACGCCAACAAGGCCUAUGAGAUGGCCCUAAAGAAAUACCACGGCUGGCUAGUGCAGAAAAUCUUCAAGGCAGCGCUGUACGCCGCGCCCUACAAGUCUGACUUCCUGAAGGCGCUCUCCAAGGGGCAGAACGUGACGGAGGAGGAGUGCCUGGAGAAGAUCCGGCUCUUCCUGGUCAACUACACAGCCACCAUCGACGCCAUCUAUGACUUGUACACCAAGAUGAACGCGGAGCUCGACUACACAGUGUAGGCGCCCGGACACACAGCCCCGCGUCGGAGCAAGCAACCCUGAAUCACUGUGAAUCAGGCUGGGGUUCCCCAGCUCAGCCGCCAGGGUCUGCAGCCGCCUGGGUCUGCAGGGGACAGCAUCAGCUUGUUAGAGGCCAUUGUCUUCGCUUUGUUUUGUUUUCCUAUUCUAAUGGAACAGUGAACACCUGCUCACUCCCCUGCUUUCCCAGAAGCCCAGGCGGGGCUUUACCUUCCCCCCCAGAGUGGUCAAAACCAAUUAACGUUGCUAACGAUCAAUUCCUAGGGUUUUCUGUCUCUUCCUCCCCUACCCAGCUAGGGGGAGGCCUACACCUCACCCAGUAAAGAAACCUGGUCCGUCUGGCCCAAGGAUGUCUUAGAUGUUAGGAGAACAAAGCCGUCUGAUUGGAAGUCAGCAGGGUCCCUACUGUGGCAUCUGUUGAAAAAGCAAGCUGUCGGGAGCUCUCACAUGGACAUGGCUUACACACCUAGCAUUGCCUGCCCUGUCCCCUCUCUCUCUCUCUCUCUCUCUCUCUCUCUCUCUCUCUCCCUCUCUCUCUCUCUCUGUCUGUCUGUCUCUCUCUCUGUCUGUCUCUCUCUCUCUGUCUCUGUCUCUCUCUGUCUCUGUCUCUCUCUCUGUCUUUUGUCAGACAGGGUUUUUUGUUUUUUGUUCGUUUUUAAGUCGAAAUGUACCAGCAAGCCUUUUCAAACAAAUGACUAGGCACACACAGGUGACCAUUUGUGACCGAAUUUUCAUCCCACUGCAUAAUAGCUUUCUUCAGGGAUGGCUUUUCCUACCUAAGACACUGCCUGUCACUGGAGCCCGCCAGCUCUGGAGACCCAAGGAAAAACUGCCUUGCUGCCUUAAGUGUCCUUCUGGCGCUAAGAAGAGCUAUAUUUUUUAAAGUAUUGGGGUAAACAAACCCCGAUGUGUGUUAAAGGAGAGAAAAACCCAAUGAGGGACAAUUGGUGAUUUUUAUGCCGAAAUUAAAUAAUCCUUAUUAAAUAAAUCUAUUUUGAAGUCA